UGUUCCCCGGCCCAAUCACCCUGCCCCCGCGCGGCUCUACCCGGAGAAUAACGCUCCAGUGAUCACCGGGGCCUGCGCAGCGCCAGGGCUCGGGCCGGGGGGGCCUGUGCGGGAGGAUUGCACAGGAGCCGUCUCUCCUUUCAUGCCAGCGAGCGGUUGGCGGAAGAGUCUGGACAGAGCCAUUACUCACCAGUCCCCCUUUUGUUUAACCACCCAGCAGUGCUUGUCUGAAGUUUUGAAUAGGAGCAAAACUUGGAAGCAACCAGAGAGAGACAUAGCCCGGAGCCCGGGCUGCAGGAGCCCAGGAUAACUGCGUGGCACAACACUCCUGCUUCAUGGGGAUCCGCCCCUUAACCUGGGAGAAGAGAGCACAGAGCCAGCUGAAUGAAGGAUAAACGGAUGCCAGCGUGCCUGCUCUUGGCACUGGCCUGCAGCUUGCUGGGCUCUGCUUUGGGGGAGUUCCCGGUACACCAGCACCCCGAGAAGCUGCCCCCCCUGGUGCCGCUGCAGCAAGCUCCAGGCUUGAAGGAACGUUUCCUGCUGCUUUCGCUGCACAACAAACUGCGGAGCAAAGUCCAGCCGCCCGCUGCCAACAUGCAGAGGAUGGACUGGAGCGAGAAGCUGGCCCAGCUGGCCCAGGAGCGAGCAGUCAGCUGCCUGGCGGGGGCCCUGCCCCGCCCUCCGCACCGCACCCAGCAUGUGGGCUGGAAUGCCCAGCUGCUCCCCGCCGGGGCGGCCAGCUUUGCUGCCGUGGUGGAGCUGUGGUUCAGCGAGGGACGGCGCUACGACUAUCACGCAGCACAGUGCCUGGAGAACGCCACCUGCAGCCACUACACCCAGCUGGUCUGGGCCACCUCCAGCAGGUUGGGCUGCGGGAAGCACGUCUGCAUCGAGGGCCAGGACAGGAGAGAGGCUUUCGUCUGCGCCUACUCCCCGGGGGGGAACUGGGAGAUGAACGGGAAGACGAUCGUCCCUUACAAGAAAGGAGCCUGGUGUUCGCUCUGCACCUCAGGAUGCUCCGGAUGCUUCAAGUCGUGGGAUCACAGCGGGGGGCUGUGUGAGGUCCCCAGGAACCCCUGUCGGAUGAGCUGCAGGAACGACGGGCGGUUGAACAUGAGCACCUGCCACUGCGACUGCCUGCCGGGGUACACGGGCCGGUACUGCCAAGGUGAGAGCUGGCUGGCAUGGGUGUGUGCAGGGUGCACAGGGAUGCCUCUUGCCAUCGGCGCCACGGUGAAGUGCAGCAUCCAGUGUCUCCACGGGCGGUUCCGGGAGGAGGAAUGUUCCUGCCUCUGCGACAUCGGCUACGGCGGAGCGGAGUGCGGCACGAAGGUUCAGUUCCCUUUGCACACCUGCGACCUGAGGAUAGACGGGGACUGCUUCAUGGUUUCCUCUGAGGCAGACACGUACUAUGGAGCCAAAAUAAAAUGCCAGGAGAAAGGAGCCAGGCUGGCCCAGAUCACAAAUCAGAAAGUGCAGGACAUUCUGGCCUUUUACCUGGGGCGUUUGGAACCCACCAAUGAGGUGACAGAGCCGGAUUUCGAGACCCGGAACUUCUGGAUCGGUUUGACCUAUAAAACAUCCAAGGAUUUGUUCCGCUGGGACACCGGCGCCCAGCACUCCUUCACCAGCUUCGCGUUCGGCCAGCCAGACAGCCAGCGGUUUGGGAACUGUGUUGAGCUCCAGGCAUCAGCCGCCUUCAACUGGAAUGACCAGCGCUGCAAGACGCGAAACCGCUACAUCUGCCAGUUUGCUCAGGAACACAUCUCCCUGUGGCAGCCGGAGCCCUGAGCCCGCACAGCUUCCAGCUGCUGGGUGGUGGGCGCGGCGUCGCCUCCAGCCCGCACGCAGCUUGAGAGAAAGAAUCCGCUGCCCCUAUUCUGCCAGGUCCUCUCCAGCUCCCCGGGCGCUCAGCCCAUCCCAGCCACGCUGACACCCCUCCCGGAGGGCCGGGCGCUGGAGGUGGCACCAGGACCUGCCGAGCGCUCAGGGAGAGAGCGCUUCCCGGGCUGCCCUUCCAGCGGGGACGUGGGGGGGCCAGAUCAACCCGCACAGCUGCUUCAGGGGCCCUGACUCCACCAGAGCCAUCGCGGUCGAGCCAGGUGGGGGUCUCUGGGGUGCAUCCCAGCCCCUUGUCCACGGAACAGCCCCGAGCACCUGUAAAAUAGCCCCUCUCUCACACGUGGCCGCUGGGGCAAGGGCAGCUGCUUCGUGUCCCCACCCCCUUCCUCUGGGGCGUGAUGGCACGUCAGUGCAGGGAGCCCCUCGCUUCCCCCGGCUGGGCCAGAGGGAGCAGGGCACCCCCCGGUGGUUACCCCCAGUCCAUAGCGCUGCGGCCCUGAGACGGGAGUCACUGGCGGGAGUGGACUGGGGAGCUGAGUGGCACAGAGCAAGAGGGUGCCUGUCCCGCCUAGAGCUGGCAGGGCUCUGCCAGGGCUGUGGGGUGUGGGGCAGGGGCCCCAGGAAUCACAGCCGAGACGUGCCCUGCAAAGAAGGCAGAUGUGGCUGCUGGGUCUAGGCCUCGGUGUCCAGUCGCUAGCCAGGGCCAUCCCGCCUCCCGCUGCAGCUCGGCUGCCCGGGGCAGCCUUCCCUGGGCAGGCAGGUGCAGCGUGGCCACACUCUCGGCCCCAUGCCCCUUCGCUGUGCCAGUCAGUCCCACCACGGCUCAGCGCUAACGAAGCCAGCUAGCUCUGGUACUGACCCAGUAACCUAGCAGAGCAGGGCUCUGAGCUCCCCUAGGCCUAGAGGCUUUUUGGUUCAGGCCUGUUCCUUCGCCCUGUGUAGCAUGCGCUCCGGCCGGGGGCGCUGUCUAGGCGACACGAACUCUUCCCGCUGUUUGAGAGCUGGGGCUGUUCUAAUAAAGCCGUCUGUCCCUCCUGC